AUGAUUGGAAAAUUCGAACAGGCUGGCAAUAUUUAUCCGAAUAGAAACUUUAAAUGAAGGACUGGACUGCAAAACUUAGGAAAUACAUGCUAUAUGAAUGCAGCAGUGCAGUGCCUAAGCAAAGUUAAGCCUAUCAAAAGGUUUUUCAGAAAGCAGCAGGUUGAUAUGCAAGAUAGAGAGCAGGAUGGGUAUAACUAUAAGUAAUUCCUACUUAGGCUGCUUGAAGAAUUUCAGAAAUUGAUUAUAUUUUUAUGAGAAGGCUAUCCUAUGCUUUCACCUAACUCCCCCCCCCCCUCCGUGAGCGAACAAAACCAUUAGAAAAAUCGCCAUUUUUUGACCAAAAACCCACCCUCCGUGAGUGAACAAAAAUAUUUUUAAUAGAAAAAAUUUUAAUGGAAAAAAAAUUUUGAUAUAUAAGUGAUAAUUAGUAUAAUGAAAUCUAGAGCUAAUUCUGUUUAAUUUUAAACAAAUUGCGUUUUUUAAAACAUAAAAUUUUGCAAAUUAAAUUAAUAUUUGCUUCCCAAUUUUUGCAAAUUAGGAUUUUUUUAAAUUUCGAAAAAAAAAUAUUUUUUUAUAAAAUUUAUAUAUAAAUUUUUUUUAAAAAAAAAAAAUUAACCCCCCUCCGUGAGCGAACAAAUUUUUUUUGUUCGCUCACGGAGGGGGGGGGGGGGAGUAAGUUAAUUUUUAAAAAUUAAUCUGGCCAUAAACUAACUAGCCACUAUAGCUUAUGCACCUUAAUAGAUCUCUAUACCCCAGUAGAAUACCGACCAGAAAAAAUAUGGUGCAGGGCACCUGUCUUAUACAGUAUAAGUCUGAUUAGGUACCUUAAAACCAUAAACGGAGACUUGUCAUUUUCGUUUUUACUUUUCAAAAAGCUGACAAGUACAAAUUAAUUUUGGAAAUUAAAAUGAAUGGCCAAUAAUGAUCUAAAUAAUUUCAGGGACUAUAGCCUUCGCCUCAUCUUGGCUCCAAGAAUAGCAGCCUCCAUAGCUCUGAGUUAGAAUAAGAAAAAUAGAAGGUUGCCAAUUUUGAUUCCCGAUCUGAAAACCUGUUCAAGGAUUCAGCUCCCUAGGGCAGAGCCCCAUCUCCAGGGUCUCUAGAUGGUCCUAAUAAUGUGGUAUGCUAAACCUGUUUAUUUCAUCUGGCAGGGAUAGGAAAACCUUCGAGACAAACCAAACUUCCAUCUUCGGCAGGCAUCCCCGAAUCUGAAGGCCUGCUUCAAAAAGGGACAAAAGCUCUAUUUUCAGCCUCAUCUGGAUGGGUCAUACCUGAUCAUAGGGAGUGCGCCUCAGAGUUCAAUUUCUAUCAAUUUUACCAUUUUAUUUCUCUCCUCCACCUAAGGAAUUUGUAAAUCAGGCUUAUACUUUAUGCCCAGACUAUCGACCUAAAACCCAGCAAGACUCCCAAGAAUUUUUACGAUUUUUAUUAGAUAGCAUAGACUCUACACUUCGCCAUAUCACAGGCUCAUCUAUAAUAUCAGAUACAUUUGUAGGGACAAUAGAAUGCAAAACAACAUGCAGAGGUUGCAAAUCUGUAUCCACCAGAGACGAAUCAUUUUUGGAUCUCUCUCUUGCAAUCCCUUCAGAAAUUUCCCCAAAAUCAUAUGAUAUGAUGGAGUGAAAAGACAAAAGCUACAUGGAAGAGGCUAAAAAUUCAUGGUUUAAUCAAGUAAAAAGGUAAAAAAAAGUUAGCUAUUUUUGAAAAGGUGGAGGGAAUAUAAUUUCUAUUUAUGAUUGCUUAAUACAUCAUUUUAAGCCUGAAGUCCUUAAUCAAGAGGAUAAUUUGUAUUAUUGUAGCCAAUGUGAAAGCAAAAAUGAAGCAAACCAAGAGCAUAAAAUUAAAAAACUCCCUCAAAUAUUGAUAAUAAAUUUGAAAAGAUUCAAAUAUGCAUAUUGAGGCUCAAAAGUUUCUACUUAUGUUCAAAUACCUUUUAAACUAAACUUAUCCCAGUUUAGCUGUGAUGAAGGAAGCCAAAAAUAUCAAUUGAUUGCAGUGAUGCAGCACUAUGGCGCGAUAUGAAAAGGGCAUUAUAUCGCCUACUGUAAAGACACGAAGAGAAAUAAAUGGUUUGAGUACGAUGAUUUAAGAGUCAGAGAGGUUUCAGAAAGUGACAUUGUAAAUGCACAGGUCUAUAUAGCUUUUUAUGAAAAAACUGAAAAAAUUUAA